UGAUUUUCUACCUCCGGAAGAAAAAUAAUAAUCGGACUUCAUCAACAACGAUCACCGUCAAUCAAUCACACCUCUAUCGAAACGAACAACUGUCAUGCGCUUCCUUGUUGUGGAGUGAAAUCUAAUUCGGACCCGACAAUGUUCAAUUCCAUGUUUGGGAGGCUGACUGGAAAUAGCAGCGCUCCUAAAGAAACAGAAGAGGAAAAGUCCAAGGUGUUUGAAGAAAACUUCAUUGAGCUAAAGUCACGGUGCAAUGUUUUGUUCAGUGCAGAUCCCUCCCAGACCCACACGGAGUCGUCGAUGCGCCGGUUCCUGCGGGCGUUCGGUACGAUAGACAACGCCUUUAACCACAUCGUCAAGUACAACAAGUGGCGGCGGGAGUACGGCGUGGACCGACUCAGUUCCGAGGACCCAGACAUCCUAGAGGAGAUGGCCGUGGGCAAAGUGCAUCUGCUCCGUACCAGGGAUCUCAAGGGGAGGAACUGACAUGCCAGCGUAUAGACGAGAGUGUCAUCGACAACAUGUGCAUCGUGUUUGACCUGAAGAAUUUCUGCAUGGCCAACAUGGACUACCAGUUUGUGAAGAAGCUGAUCUGGCUACUGGGCCGCUACUACCCGGAGCGUCUGGGCAUCUGUCUCAUCGUCAACGCGCCGGUUAUGUUCUCUGGCUGUUGGACUAUCAUCAGACCCUGGCUAAACGAGGUCACAGCCAGCAAGGUGACCUUUGUGAAUGGGGAGGAGCAGCUGUGUGAGUACCUGAACCCCGACGGCCUGCCCCCGAGCGAUGUGUGAGUGCAUGUCUCGAGGCGUGCCGGGAUGAGGGGAGGAGGUGAUCGCUGUUUUGGAUGGUUGUGUGGAUGAGGGGAUGGUUGAGUGGAUCAUUGUGAGAAGAUUGUUGUCUGGAUGAGAUGAGGGGCUAGUUGUCUGAAAUCUUUGUGUGGAUGAGGGGAUGGUUGGGAGAAGAGGGUUGUCUGGAUGAAAAGAGGGGAUGGCUGUGUGAAUGAGAGAACUGUGCCUGUGUGAAUGAGAGAACUGUGCCUGUGUGAAUGAGAGAACUGUGCCUGUGUGAAUGAGAGAACUGUGCCUGUGUGAAUGAGAGAACUGUGCCUGUGUGAAUGAGAGAACUGUGCCUGUGUGAAUGAGAGAACUGUGCCUGUGUGAAUGAGAGAACUGUGCCUGUGUGAAUGAGAGAACUGUGCCUGUGUGAAUGAGAGAACUGUGCCUGUGUGAAUGAGAGAACUGUGCCUGCACAAACUGACUGACUGCUUCCUGUGAUGUUAGACUCUGCCAUACGGACCGUCUUAAAAUGUGACAUUUGGUGGAAUCUUUUUCUUCAAUUUUCAGGUCAAUAGGUACUUACUUUUUUUGUGCUUUUUCCUUCUUCUGAUAUCCUUAGGAUGUCGAGAGGGUCAAUAAGUACUCAUGUUUAACCAAGGUCAGUGAAAUUGUAAUUUAUUAUCUGGAAUUCUUUUGGAGGUUUUCAUACUUUAUAAAAUUGCUUGCUGUGUGUGAGUGUGAAAGGAAAGAAUGGGACGAUUCUCAUGUAGUAUCCGAAGCUCUUUAUCCUCAUUGAGUAGAUUUGUGGAAGUAAAAGUUUUUCAAAGAUUGGCUACUCGUAUGUAUGUGGGGAAAACAUUGCGAUUAAUUAUGGCGUAAUGAGAUGAAAAGUAAAAAAUGUUACAGAAGAGGUGCUUGUUUUUUUCUUAAAUCCUUUGUCAAGAUGUAUUGUUAGGCGAAGGUCGGUGCGGUUCUAUUUCUGUCCUUGGUGCUAAUUUGCCACAGACUUCCUUUUGUAUAAUUGUCACUGCCGCCAUGUGGUCACAGAAUUGAUAGCUUGUUCAAAAUGUUGGAAUGUGUGUAAAAUAUCGGAGGACGAAUUUAGUUUUUUAUCUUGGAGUUAAUUCAGGGUUUUUUUGGUUAUAUUAUUAUAAUACAGUUGCGCUACCGGUUUUGAGAUGUUCUGACGACCUGAAUGAAUUGACUCAAAUUUUUAAAGAAUGUUGAAAUUAUUAUUAAUUGUAUGCAGAGACUGAAGACCAGGCUUCUGUUUUUGUGAACUCCCUUUAUGUUCGCCUCUUCAGCAGAAAGAAAAAAGGAUUGAAAUCGUAC